AUGUCUGCUUUACCAGAAAACAGAGAAGUCAUACAGUCUGUGACGGGAGGAGGUGUGUUUGGUGUUGAUGAAGUGAAGUCAGUGUCAGUGAUGGAGGGAGAUUCUUUCACUCUGAGUCCGAACACUAAUGAUGCUGAUAUGCUGAGAGAGAAUCUGAUAAUGUGGAGAUUUGGAAACAACAACAAUAACAGUCUCAUAGCUAAAUUCAACAGAAAGGACAAUACGACAGAGUGUCCUGAUAAGAGAUUCAGAGACAGACUGACGCUGGAUCAGACUGGAUCCUUGAGCAUCACAAACACCAGAACCACAGACUCUGGACUUUAUCGAGUACUCGGCACCAGCACAGAGACACCACUCAGCAUAUUCAAUCUCACUGUCUAUGCUCAUCUGCCUGUUCCUCUCAUCAGCAGAGACUGCUCAUCAUCAUCUUCAUCAUCACAGCAGAAUUGUUCAUUGUUGUGUUCAGUGGUGAAUGUGGGUCAUGUGACUCUCUCCUGGUACAAAGGAAACAGUUUAUUGUCCAGCAUCAGUGUGUCUGAUCUCAGCAUCAAUCUCUCUCUACCUCUGGAGGUGGAAUAUCAGGAUAACAACACCUACAGCUGUGUGCUCAACAAUCCCAUCAGAAACCAGACCACACAUCUGGACAUCACUCAACUCUGUCACACAUGUUCAGACCAACAUUUCUUGUACAUAGUGCUGAUUUCUGCUGCUGCUGGAUCUCUGUUGAUUGUAGUUGCAAUCAUGAUCUUCUGGUUCUACAGGAAAACAGACCAAGAGGUUUGCAGUAGUGAAGAAAUAACAUAUGCUGAUCCAACAUUCUACAAAAGAAAAGCACAAAAAUCGAGAGUUCAAGAGGAAGAGGAUGUGGUGUAUGCAGGAGUCGCCAUGAGACACUGAUAAAACUAUGAUUCUGUUGAAGAACUGCCAACUUUCUAAAACCCAAAAAGACGGAGGUGGAUUAUUAGUGUGGAUGACAAGCCUUAGAAUAUUGAGGGUCUCAUACUGUUGUUAUCGGUAAGAUAAUGAGAUUUCCAGUGCUGUUAAAAUGAUAAAAAAAGAGAUAAUCCAACUUUGUGAAGAUUUCAGAUGACCAACCCCAACCCCUGUGGACUUCAGAUGAUACAAACUCUUGAUCAAUAUACAAAAUGACAUUUUCAGUAUGCUGUAAUAUAAUGCUAAACAUUUUUUUCUGCUUAUGUAUGGUAUAUACAUGAUGUUACAAUCAAAAUCAAUUGAUUUGACACUUUUCUCCAAUGCAAUUGUCAGUCCUCUGUCGUGUGUGUCUUGUGUUCCCGCCCUCUUGUGUCCAUAUUUGGUCAUGUUCCUGUCCUUGUUAAGUGUGCUUAUCAGUUUAUUUCGUUCA